AUGAACACCAAUAUCACGGCAACGCGUAUCCAGAGGGAGAGAACGCCUUCGACCUCCGUGGCCACGGAAACCGCGACAGCUCAACGGUACGACGAGUUGAGCUCGUCAGGGGUUGAUAGCGACUGGAUCUUGUUUUCACCACACGAGGGCGAUGAAACAGACAUGGGACGCGUGUGCUAUGACGUGUUAUCCACCAGUAAUCUCGGAGAGACCGAUGAAGUUGAAGAAGACGACGACGAUGACGAUGACGAUGAUUCUUUGAUUGACACUUUGGGUUCUGCUCAUGCGCCCUUGGGACUAGACGUCCCGAUAGGACAGUCCCUCUUUGACCAUGCCAGCUUUGAGGAUGACGAUGGCUUAGGCGACGUUAUCGAGGACGAGUAUAUAACCAGCAGGAUCGAGCGCUGGAGGAAGGAACAGGCAAGGGAGUUGAUUAACACCCUCCAUAGAACGUCAGAUGUUACGAGCGAAAGGCUGAUGGCGUCCUGGGGUGUUGAUGAUCGACUAUUUAUGGAGAAUGACCAUGUGGAUAGUGAGCAUGACACAAGAGCCACACAGCAUUCAUCGAAUAAGCAGCAGAAACAGCAGCAGCAGCAGCAGCAGCAGCAGCAUAAGACUAAGAGGUUCUACGGUGAUGAGCAUUUGAGACACUACAGCGAUUGGGAAGUUUCCAAGAUUAAAAAAGUUGCAUUGGAGCUAUCCUCAUCGCUCACAAGAGACUCUCAAACAAAGCGACUAACAGCACAAGAGGUUGUCAAAUGCCUAAAGACCAAGAAUCGCAGAAGCUCAGUGUUGUUGAACUUAUCAAGAUCAGUCGCUCACCAUUGUUUCUCCCAGUACUCCACACUAGAUGAACCAUUCUGGAAGCAGAGCCUAAGCUCUGCUCACUCAUCGCUAUCAUUGUCUACCAAUUCCAUAAUGUUUGGAAACCUCAGCCUUGGUGUUUGACCGUUUCAAAUCAUCUACGAUCAUAUGCUGUUUGCCUGUUAUGACAGAUCUAUUCAAUCAAUUAUAACAUUUCAUGAAUUUCUACUCCAUCAGAUCUUGUAUUCAAACACGUUUUCCAUACUAAUCAAUUAUACGUUUCCUUUAAUAAUAACAAAAUUUUAUAAAACAACAAAUC